AUGCGCCGUGCCAAAGUGCUUUUGACGGCGGCGACGGCCGUCCAUGCGGCGACAGCCUGCCCGUACGCCAACUACCCGAGCGGUCCGAUCCUUGUUGCCGACGGCAACUGCUCCCAGCCCCGAGCCGUGUGCGUGACCGACAACACGUGCAACCGACGCAAUGCGACGAGCAUUCCGGGCUACAUUUUUUCAAACAUUACGAGCCUCGGCAAUUUCAGCGACUACGUUGACGACAGCGUGGUCGUCAAAGACGUGCCGUCCAUCACGAUCGCCAACAUGGUGUUGCCACCGACAGUGGCGGGGCUCAUUUUUGAUAAUGUGACCAAGAUCGACUUGGAGAAUACAGCGCUGACGCAGUGGGACUCGAUCGAGACCAUGGCGUUCAUCGAUUGCCCCAUUAUCUUUCCCAACGUGGGUCUCGUAUGGCCCCCCAACAUUGAUUUUUUGUCCGCAUGGCUCGAAAACAACAAGAUGAACAACAUUCCGCAAAACCUUCCGUUGACCAUCUCGCAGUUGACGGUCAGUGGCAACAACCUCCUGGACAUCAACUACUUGCCAAGCUAUAUUCCGAUCGUGGACCUUCCAAACAACAAAAUCAAGUCGAUCGUUAACGUCGACUUGCGCGCAGUCCGACUUUUGAACCUCGCCAACAAUACAGGCUUGACGACCAUCGCCAACGUUCGAUUUGGCAACCUUACCUCCUUUCAGCUGACCAACUGCUCGGGCUUGAACAACAUUACGCUCGAUGCCGAGUCGUAUGCGGUUCUCAACAAGCUGCAGCCACCGGACCCGAACCUCGCCAAGGACGUUCGCGUGCCGCCAACAUACUACAUCAACCACCCAAUCGAGACGAACGCCGCCGCGUGCACGGGCCUCGGUGGGUCAAUCCAGAAGCUGUGGGCCAACACGUCCAAGGUCGCGGUUACCGUGUGUGUGACGGGUGCUUCCGUGGCAGCUACGAAUGUGUCAACCACCGACACCAGCAAUAACAGUACGGGCCUCAUUGUUGGCCUUGUCGUUGGUGUCGGCGUCCUUCUGGCUCUUGUCGCCGUCUUUGUCGUUCGUCGUCGGCGCCGCCAAGCAAUUGACGACUACGUGCGCUACCAUGUGCCUGGAACCGACGGCACCGAGGGUCUCUCCAACAGCUUUAGUGGGCGCGGUGUCCUCGCUUACCCCGACGCCGACGUCCAUCUCGACGUCAAGCCACUGCUCGACUACCGCCUCGAGCUCUCAACCCUGCACGUGACGUCCAACAAGCCGCUCGCGUCUGGUACGUUUGGCGAAGUCUGGCUCGGCAAGUACGGCGCCGAGCAAGUCGCGAUCAAGCGCAUGAAGAACCAAGAGCCGCGCAGUGUCCAAAAGUUCAUUGACGAAAUCGUGCUCAUGUCGCAAAUGCAGAGCGACUACAUUGUCAAGUUUGUCGGUGCCAGCUGGACCCGUCCGAUUGAGAUCGAGUGCGUCGUCGAGUUUAUGAACCUCGGCGACCUCCGCAGCUACCUCGUGAACCAGUCGCCGGCGCAGUUCAGCUGGGACCAAAAGUACCAGUGCAUCCUGAGUAUCGUCCGGGGUCUUGUGUAUCUUCACACGCACAAACCGCCGAUCAUCCACCGCGACCUCAAGUCCCGCAACGUCCUUCUCGACUCGGUCAAGGGCACCAAGCUCACCGACUUUGGCGAGUCCCGCGCCGCCGAGGCCAAUGAUACGAUGACAAACGGCAUCGGCACGCACCUCUGGAUGGCACCGGAAGUCAUCUCGGGCACCCACUACGGUGCACCCGCCGACAUGUACUCGUUUGGCGUCAUCCUCUCUGAGUUUGCGACGCAUCAAGUACCGUACGCCGACCUGCGCCACCCGGACACGGGCCAUCCUGUGAACCAACUCUACGUGAUGAACCACGUCCGCGAAGGCACGCUGCACCCGACCUUUGACGGUGAAGACGUGCCGACGUGGGUCCAGGACAUUGGUUUGCAGUGUCUCUCACUCAAUGAAGACGACCGACCGACGGCACUGCAAGUGUCGGCGAUGCUGAGUCGCUGCAAGUAG